GCCACAGACUCUCAGACUUCCGAUCGAGCAUACUCUCUCUCUCUCUCUCUCUCUCUCUGAGGUGAUCGUUAUGGCAAAGCCUAGCUUCUCUCGCUUGUCACUUGUUCCAUUGUUGUUAGUGGCGUUGGUGAAUGUAACUUCGGGGCAAGGUGGUGGUGAUGGUGAAACGUUUGGGCCUGAACGAGGAGCGGGAGGAACCAGAAGAGAACUGGUGCCAGCCUUGUUCAUAUUUGGAGACUCUCUCAUCGAUAAUGGCAAUAACAAUAACCUCCCGUCUUUCGCCAAAGCCAACUACUACCCUUACGGCAUUGAUUUUCAAGGUGGCGCCACUGGUCGCUUCUCUAACGGCUAUACCAUGGUCGACGAAAUCGCUGAGCUGUUGGGUCUUCCUCUGAUUCCGGCCUAUUCAGAGGCUUCUGGAGAAGAAAUGCUUCAUGGAGUAAACUACGCCUCCGCCGCUGCCGGAAUCCUCGACAUCACCGGUAGAAACUUUGUGGGACGAAUACCGUUCAACCAACAGAUACGCAACUAUGAGAACACUCUUGAUCAGAUAACGGAUAAUCUAGGGGCGGACGAUGCAGCGCGAUCGAUCGCACGGUGCAUAUUCUUUGUAGGCAUGGGAAGCAACGACUACCUCAACAACUAUCUCAUGCCCAACUACCCAACUCAGAAUCAAUACAGCAGCCAGCAAUUUGCCGAUCUCUUGGUUCAACAGUACACUACCCAACUCACGAGACUAUACAAUCUGGGAGCUCGGAAAUUUGUGGUGGCUGGGCUUGGGUUGAUGGGCUGCAUUCCGAACAUACUGGCGCAAGACCAAAACGGCCGGUGCUCGGACACCGUUAACCAGCUUGUCCUUCCGUUCAACUCCAACGUCAAGACGAUGAUUAACAAUCUCAACGCCGAUCUCCCCGGUGCCAAGUUCAUCUACAUUGACGUCUACCGGAUGUUCUACGACAUUCUCACUCGGCCUACAAACUACGGGUUUAGCGUGAUAGAUCGAGGAUGCUGUGGAGUUGGGCGAAACAGUGGGCAGAUAACAUGUCUGCCGUUUGAGACACCAUGCUCCAACAGGAACCAGUACGUGUUCUGGGAUGCAUUCCAUCCAACAGAAAGGGUGAAUGUCAUUAUGGGAAGGGAAUCUUUCAGUGGAAAUUCCAAAUAUGUGUAUCCCAUGAACAUACAGCAGCUUGCAAAUCUUGAUCUACCAACCAACUAGAAACUCUCCUUCUUUCUCUCUCUCCCUCUAAUUGUGUUGUGUUGUUAUUGUUAUGGAAGAGAUACUGAGAUAAUGUUUUCUUCUCUGCAUUUCCUGAGUAAGAAACAUAGAACAGGGAAUUUUGAGUUUUUGAUCUGGAAACGUGCAGCCUCUUUUUUUCUUAAUAGGGGAGCAACUUGUGUGGACUUGGAUUGAGAAUUUGUUAAAAUUUAAAUGAUCUCA